GGCGUCGCAUCGAGACCUGGUGGUACGCAGCGGACAACGCGACGAGAGGAAGAAGCGAGAAAUGGAGAAGUACUUCGGAAACGCGUACAGAGGAGACCCAGGAGUGCCGCACGCCGACGCAGACCGUUUCGUCAACAUAUGGGUCGGUUCAGCUCUCUUCUGUGCCUUUACCUGGAACAGCCCUUACAUGUGGCAGCUCACUAAUCAAUUCAACUGGCACGACAGAGCUUUUCUGUUUGAGCAGUAUCACUGGAAGAAAGCAAUGGCGAAAAACCAGCCAUACAAAUUCCAGUGGAAUAAGAUGGACAAGGAGAUCCGAGACUCGUACUAUUUCAACGGGCCUGUCUUCUUUCCUUAAGCUAUCUUUCUAUCGUGGGCAUAGUUUGAGAAAACUUCUCUGAACAAUGUGUUCGUUAGCUAAGCAAAACAUGCCCCCUCCCCCUGUUUUUCCACCUUUACUACUUCUUGUUGGUGGAUUUACGAUAAGUAUCUUUAAUUAUUAGCUGGAUUCAUGUUUGUUACUAAUAACGUGGUGUCUUCUAUCUUUUUUCGUGUGCAUUUCUGUCUGUACAUGUGAAAUUGAUUGAAAAAUGUGCAACAGAGAAAUUUGGCUGAUAGAACUGUUUUCAAAACU